CUUGUCCUCCCAGGAUCCCAUCUAUGGAUACUUCGAUGUCUUCACAGGAAGACAGUGGACCUACAGGUGGACCAUAACGCCGUGACUUCAUGAGAGGGAACUAAUUUUUUGGGGGGUGGACACUUUUGUGGGCGCCAUCGACCCAGAGUGCAGAUGUCUGAGGAGAACCUGGGUGAAGAGUCGGGCAGCUCGCCUGUCUCUCCUGAAGACAGCCUGAGCAACAGCGAGGGGGAGCUGGACCGAGAGCCGAAGAGAUGUGGGAGGAAGAGAAGACCGAGCAGGAAGAACGGGGAGGACUCAGAUAGCCCUACCCCUGGGAAAAGAGGGAAGAAGUCUAACAGCAGCAGCCCCCAGUCUUUCGAGGACCUCCAGUCGCAGCGGGUCAUGGCCAACGUGCGCGAGCGCCAGAGGACUCAGUCUCUCAAUGAGGCGUUCGCGUCGCUGCGGAAAAUUAUCCCCACUUUGCCCUCGGACAAACUCAGCAAAAUACAGACGCUUAAACUCGCAGCAAGAUACAUCGACUUUCUGUACCAGGUGCUGCAGAGCGAUGAGCUGGACUCCAAAAUGGCAAGUUGUAGUUAUGUGGCUCAUGAGAGGCUGAGCUACGCCUUCUCUGUGUGGAGGAUGGAGGGCGCUUGGUCCAUGUCAACAUCUCACUAACAUCUUGAGAAAUUAUGCCCUAAAUGGUGACUGCUGAUUCUACUUCUCAAUUUCUGACGGGAUAAAUCUGGAGUCCAAUGCUGGAUACAUGGGAUCACUCCAUUUGAACCAAAAAAACGACUGAAGCUUUUUUUUUUUUCUUCUUUUUUCCAAGAGGCCUGAUAGGGUCUUUCAGCCAUUUACACCAUACACCCCUCAUUCUGAUGUAUUUUAUGUUGAUGACGACGAAUGUUAAAAUAUCAUGUGUUUUUAAUGCAUGCCUUUGGGCUUAUUCCUGGGCUUACGCCGAAAUGCAUUUGAAGGAUUUGUCUCAGUUUUUGGUGUGAGACUGUCAACUGGUGGUGUAGCUCACAUUACAGGCUGUCUGUGUGGAUCAAACCUGUGCAAAAUAAAAAUAAAAAUAUUUUCAGAUUACAUUUAUUUAUUUAUUGGCAGGACGUGUCACAUUGAGGAAAACAUCCUGUGUCUGAAAUAGUCAAAAACAUUCCUAUUUUGUAUUAUCGCUUUUUUUGUAAAUGUUUGUACAUUUUUGCAUUAAAAAAGAU